UUAGAUGCAUUUGUGCUAAGCUAAGCAGGAAUCAGGAGUCAGGACAGGCAGUGGCCACAUACACUUGGACUCUCGAGUGAGUAUCUGCCAAAGUAAAAACAUCAAAAUUGGAGGGAGGGAUCCGAGAGACAGAGUUGCUCGUUUUCGAGUUCCGAUCUCAACAUUGAAGUUAGCGAGGACGAGGAGCAGUUGUACGUCAAUGGAGCCAUUGAUCUCUUCCUCCCAGGAAAUGAAGAGGGAUGUGAAGGAGGAGGAGAAGAAGAAGAAGAAAAAGGGAGCGUUGGGUUGGAUUGAAUGGUUCAGAGGUUGGAUGUACGUCAUACAUGAGAUGCUAUUUCAGAGAAUCAUGGCCAGCCAUCUGCAGAAUCCUAUGCCUCUGCCUCCCGUUAACGACCUUACCUGCAUUGUCACCGGAUCCACCAGCGGUAUUGGCAGCGAGAUUGCCAGGCAACUGGCAGAAUCAGGGGCACAUGUUGUCAUGGCAGUGAGGAACCCAAAGGCUGCGCUCGACUUGAUCCAGAAGUGGCAAAAUGAAUGGUCUGGCAAGGGCCUUCCUCUCAAUAUUGAGGUAAUGGAACUUGAUCUUCUAUCUCUAGAUUCUGUUGCAAGAUUUGCUGAAGAUUAUAAUGCCCGUAUGGGACCUUUACACGUUCUUAUCAAUAACGCAGGAAUAUUUUCCAUCGGAGAGCCACAAAAAUUUUCUAAAGACGGUUAUGAAGAGCACAUGCAAGUGAAUCAUUUGGGGCCUGCAUUGCUUUCAGUAUUACUCUUGCCAUCCCUUAUCAGAGGUUCCCCAAGCCGCAUAAUUAAUGUGAACUCUGUUAUGCAUUAUAUUGGUUUUGUUGACACGGAAGACAUGAACCUUGUUUCAAGGAAAAGGAAAUACACAAGCUUAGUUGGAUAUGCGAGCAGUAAGCUGGCACAGGUUAUGUUUAGCAGUGUUCUUCAUAAGCGGCUACCUGCUGAAUCUGGCAUCAAUGUAGUGUGUGUAUCACCUGGGAUUGUUCACACAAAUGUGGCAAGGGAUCUUUCGAAAUUUGUUCAAGCUGGUUAUCGCCUAAUCCCUUAUUUUAUCUUUACUCCUCAAGAAGGUUCUAGAAGUACUCUCUUUGCUGCGACAGAUCCUCAAGUUCCAGAGUACUGUGAACUACUAAAAACAGAUAACUGGCCUGUGUGUGCAUUUCUUUCUCAAGAGUGCCGUCCAACAAAUCCUUCAGAAGAGGCACACAACGUUGAGACUUGUUACAAAGUCUGGGAGAAAACAUUGGAGAUGGUGGGCUUGCCUUCGGAUGUGGUAGAGAGGCUAUUAGAAGGGGGACAAGUUGCUUGUCGCUACGGAGCUGAGUCGGCUGACUAAUGGUAAUUCGUUUUCGGCUUCAACGAAUUUAAUCUCAUGACAAAUUUCCAUCAUACAUAACAACAAACAGAAACGAAGAUUUUGUUGUAUUAUUCAUAUAUCUAUCACUUUCCAUGAGUUCUGUAGAAGUUCAAUUCUCAUUAACAGACACAGACAGCAAUACUUGUAUAUUGCUGCGCUUUUGUGCACGCCAUGGUCAUAUUAACCACACAGGACUAGUAUUUGGGUGCACCCUAUAAAACUGUUACAGGGGCAUUUAUCCAAUAUAUAAUAUAAUACUGCCCAUUUUAUGUUUUGACA